AAGCUAUCAUCUGUCAUCUGUCAAUUUCCAGUGUUUGCAAGAAAUAGAGGGUGGAAAAGUAAUUUUUUUCUCCAAACAAUUUUGUUGAUAACACCUUCAUGUCGUUUGUUUAUCGAACAGCUCGCAAUUGACGGGAAGUAAAGUGGCACUUAUUGCAAUAACAUAAACGCUGGGUGGAUACCACAUUCCUCAUUGGAUGAUAAAAAUGGCAACUAAUUCGAACUUGGUAAAUAAUGAUGAUGACUCGUUCAUCAUUUUGGGUACAUCACCAGGGACAAGUCUGGAUCUGAGGUGUAACGGUGUGGAAAACGGUGAUGCAUUAGACAAGAAGCAGAUUGAAGAUGCAUUGAAGGAUAUACCCCCUGAAGCAUCAAUGGCUUUCAAGGCAUACUUUCACAUUGGUGACACACCCUCUCCAGGCAGUAUGAUGAUUGCGAGCACAAUAGUAACAGAAGACAGGAGUACAGAGGAGCUGCAGAAGCGGUUCGGUGAACUCCUGGACGAGAACCUGGUACUCAAAGAGACCCUGAAACAGAACAACGAGUCUCUGAAGGAACAGCUGGACUUAAUAUCCUCUUGUCAAGACGACAUGUUAAACACACAUAAGAUACAUAGAGAAAAGUUUGAUGAAACUAAGAAUUUAGUGAAAAAGUUACGUGAAGAAAACAAGAUGUUGAAAGCGGACGCCAUGCGGCUGUCGGGAAGCACGGGGGGCGGGGGGUCACAGCCGCGGUCCUUGCGGUCAGAGGGCAGGUCGGGGGCGUCAUCGGGCGUGGAGUUCGUGACGUCACCUGAUGACGACACAAUCGAUAAGCUGACAGCGCAACUCGAACUUGUCGAGAAGCAGAGGCGACAGGUUAUUGUAGAAAAUGAAAAAUUGACCUGGCAAAAGGAAUCCUUAGAGCACAUAGUUGACGCUACAUCCAAAGAAAGAGACGAAAUUAAAGAGAAAUUAAAAAAUAUUGAGUUACAAUUGUCUACAACAGAGAGCGAUCAUAGUGAAGAAAUAAAAAAAUUACAUUUCAUUAUACAAGAUUUGGAGAGACAACUCAAGUCUGUUACUGAAGCCAAAGCGUCUUCAGACGACAUCUCGGCCCGGGAUAAAAUGAUACAACAAUUGGAAGGUAAAAUCUCCAGCCUACAGAACGAAUUAAAAGUUGCACAGAUUAAGAUUUUAGAUCUAGAAAAUAUUAAGUUAGAAUUUACACAACACAAGUCGGCAGUAUCGGAGACAGUCAGAAUGUACAAGGAACAGAUACAGGAACUUUCCACCAGACUGAAAGAAGCACAGACUACCAUGUUCCAGCCAGUGCGGCUGUCAGUCAGCUCCGAGUCUGACAGUUUGUCAGAGUUCGCGUCCUUCACCACCAAUGUGAAGUUGUAUGAUAGAACUCUGAAGCAUUUAGCCGACUUCGUGAACGCGCUCACUACAGGGUUGUCGGAUAGUCUAGUGCAGACUUUAGGCACAGUGGCGAGUCUGUACGACUACAAGCUAGAGCGAGCCUCCGUCGACAGGUUCAAGUCCGGCCUCGCCGAGGUGAAGCAGCAACUGGAGAGACAACAUAGUUACACCCUUAAUAAUAUAGGCAAACUGCGCGGUAUGCUGUCAAUCUUCGAAGGCAUAUUUAAGGAUUACAACGAGCUCUUAAAGAAGACGCUCACCAAGACUGAAAACCAAAGUGCCAGUACGAAUAGCGCUGGCAGCAGCAGCGGCAGUGUGGAGGCUCUGACGUCAGCGCUGGUGGCGCGCGGGCGCGAGCUGCAGCAGCUGCAGACUGAGGUGCAGCAGCUGCGGGCGCGACACGACGACGCGGAGCUGCUGCGCGCGCAGCUGCUGCAGUACAAGAGUGACUUCGAGGCGGAGAGAGAAGCCCGUGCAAAGAUGGCGAGCGAAAAGGACGAUGUUGUGACGGACUUCCGGACCUCACAGAAACGCAACCAAGAAUUGGAGAAGCAGCUAGACGAAGUUCGUAAGCUGAGUCCAGGUAUCUUCCGCACUGUGACCAGCAAGAAGACCACUCCGAGCUCCAGCCCCACCGCAGCCGGCACGACCAGGACCACUACUGGCAAUGUGAUGUACACCUGCCCUAAGUGCAUGACGUUUUCAAGCGAUCAGUAUAAAGUUAUGGAGGAUCAUUUCGACUUCUGUUUAGACGACUUCUAACUCAAAUUAGUAUAACGCUGGUGCCAUCAUUUUAAAAGAUUAAAUUACGAUCAUCUUUUUAUAAGCAAUCGUCUCCUUUUAGUCAAGAUUAGUUACCCAUUACGUACUUUCCUAAACAAAUUUGUAUGUAGCAAUAUUUUUCUACAUAAUAAAUCUAUUAUUAGGAAUAUAUGAAAUUUAUAUAUGUACAGUACUAGAUAAUAAAUUUAUACAGGUCAUAACCCAAAUAUAUAAAUAUAAAAGCUAUUGUAAAUUCUUGGUUGCAGUUAACUAUUUGUAUUUUUAUACAAGAAAAAUAUUUUAUUAACAAGCUCAUAAACAAUCGAAAAUUCAUAGAUUACUUAUUUCCGUCCGGUCUGCAACAAAUAGUCUUUGAAUUUUUUCAUCUUUGACCUUUUAUUUUCCCGCGCAAAUAUCCGAGCUGUCUGAUUAAUUUUUAAUACAAAACUGUGUUGCAAGUUGUCUAACAUAAAUGCAUUAAUCUUACAUGAUUCUUUUAUCGGCAUAUUUCAUAUAAGAUAUGAAUUAAAAAAGUUUUUUGAUCAAUAAAUUCUCGUGCCAUGUGAUAUCUUUAAUAUAGUUCUAUGCAUAGACUUAUAUCUCGAGAUGGAGCGUUUGGAGCAUAAAAGUGAUACGAAUUCGGAGGCCCUGCGGGGUAGACAACAUGCAUUCGCUCCGACGCGAUUCCAUAUCGAACUUCAAAACUAUGUAAGACCGAAUAUAACUUUCGAUAAUUCACGUGACUGUCGCGCGUCUUUUUUAUACAUUUUUGAAGUUCGCUAUGGAAUGUCUUAGGAAAUGCACUUUGUCUAGCCCCACUGAGAGGCCUUUUUGUGGUAAAUUUCCCCAGUGUUGUCCUCUACAAUACAAAAUAUGUAUAAAAAAUAGAGUGUAAAAAUUGGUCGUGAAAUUUUUUAAAACAGUAAUUAAUAAUUUUACAACAUAUUAUAUUAUGAUAAGUAUGUUUUAACAAUAAUGAACAUUUUAACAAAUAUAGUAUAUUUUCCUCUUAAUUUUUUGUACUUUUUAUAUUACAUUUUCCCGAAUUCGGGAAAAUUUUCAUUAUACUGGUAAACAUUUGCGACACUAAUGACAUUUCGAAAAUCGUCACAUUUUCAAACGUCAAAGUUGUAUGAAACGUUCCAUCUAGAGGUCAUAUAUCUAUGUUUCUAUAUAUAAAACAUUUCAUUAGAAUAGAUUAUAAAUAAAAAUGUUAUUCCACGAAAUGUAUAUAAAAUUAUGUCAUGUGAUUUGUAUUUUAGCGUUGGCCAUAGAUUUGGAGACGUUAAGCCAUUGUUAUACCUGUUUACCCUAUUUAGAUUGGGUUCGUGAUACAUUUUCAUAUGAGAUUGAAAGUAUACGAUUAUCGAGUGCUUGAAAAAGACUGGUUUGGUUAUGUUUUUAAUAUUAGUUUGACGUAUUUCUCAAUAGUGAAAUAAAAUUUUGAUUUUUUUUGAC